AUGAAAAAUUUUAAAAUUUACAUCAGAGAUUUAAUUAAAACUAGUAUUAAAAUACCAAAAAAUUUUGUCGAUUUUGUUAAUACACAAAUACCUAAAUGGAUAGAUAAUGCUAUUAUUGCCUUAAAUUAUCAGGAAAAUGUACAUUAUAUUGUACAAGAAAGUUUGAUCAAACCAGUAGAUUAUUAUAGUACAGGUAUUGUGCAAAGUUCUACAAAUUGGAGUGAUGGUUUGCAUCAAUUUCUGCAGAUAAAACAUAAUAUUAAAAUGACAUCGGAGACUUUUACGACAAAUUUUCUAUCGAAUAGAGGAUAUUUCACGAGAUACGGUCCGAAUUUGUUCGGUCUCACUAGAACACUCGGCUCAGAAAAAGCAAAACAAAUCUUAGUCGAUGUCUAUAAGGUUGAUCUUGUUAUUAUUCCUAAUUUACGUCGAAAACAAUAUCUUUCAUCGCCUGAUAUCGUAGCCAUGAAUGAAACUGAGUGGCUUGAAGAAAUUUGUCGUUCUACAAUGAAUGAAUCGAACAAAGAAAGAGGAAUUCUUAUUAUUUGUGAGAUCAUCGAACAUAGCAUAUUAAUAACAGAAAAACUCCAACGAGAAUAUCGUUCGAGUGGAAUAAAACUCUAUACAACGAACAAUAAGAAUCAAGAGAAAAACAUAGAAACAGUAUAUCCUAGUGAAAUUAUUAUCGCUACUAACCUUGCAGGACGAGGUACCGAUAUAAAAACUGAUCAAAUUGAAAAAAAUGGCGGUCUUCAUGUUAUUGUAACGUUUAUGCCAUCGAAUAAACGUGUUGAAGAACAAGCAUUCGGUAGAACUGCACGACAAGGUAAACGAGGUACUGGUCAGAGAAUUUUAAAUGCUGCUAGUUUAACACAUAAUAAAGAUUUUGAUACGGAAAAAAUUACACAAUUAAGAGAUAGAAUUGAAGCAAAUAUGUUAAGCAAUUUUGAAAA